GGAGCUAAAAUUUCCCGAAAUUCACAGGUAAUCACCUCAGUCACGGGGAUACCUAUUACGUGCCAAAAAACGCAUAACAAAAUCCAAUAUUGGUAUCAAACGAAAAAGCAGAAUAUCCGAUAGAUCGGGGCAGAAUUCUGCUGCCAUAUUGUGUUGUGAACUUGAAAAAUUGGUGAAUUUCGGGGUGCAUUAUAUCCUCAUAAUUCCAUGCUAAUUAUCAUUAUUCGCCCUCAAGAACUAAUUACCGACAUGUGACAGGUUGUGACCUUUCAUUUGGCCCCUAGAUCAGAAUUUUACAUCCAUUUUUCCGCCCGCAAUUAGUAUCCCCGUAAAUGGCUAUAAUGUACGUGGAUUCUGGGCAAUCUAGAGAUGAAAAUAAAAAAAAAUUCGCGCAGGCCGGGCCUUGAAGUCUCAAAAGAUAUCUCCAAAAUGAAGAAAAAAAAUGUGAAUUUUCACUCAGCAGAUGUCGAGUUAUUGGCGAUCGAGUUUUCGAUCGAUUUGAACUGUUUUCUUUCUCGUUACUGUUUUGAGUUUUGCUUUUGUUGAAUUAUUUUAGAGUGGAAGGAAGUUGUAAAAUUUUUAUAAAUACAUUUUUUGUGGAGAAUUAUGAGGGCUAUAAAAAAGGUUCUUAUGAGGAUUUCGAUAUCUCCACUGGAUUUGAAAGUAUUCGUUAAAAACUGGAGCUGCAGUGGAGUUAUCUCGUUUUAUGGUGAUCACUGUAUUUGUAUUUCAUAAACAGAUUGUGUUUUUUAUCAGAAGAUUUCACAACUUGUGGGAGACACUGAACGAUACAGCGUUGAUGACGAGAAUGUGACGUUAAUUAAUUGUUGGAACUAGAGGAAUUCAGAGGUCUUGAGUGUUUGAUGAGAGUUGAAGCACUUGAUCAAGGUUUUUAAUUGUUCGAGGGACUUUUUGGGGAAGAUGACGGCGAAAGGGCGAGUGAUCACUGGGAAUGACACCCUUGAUGGCAAGAUUAACGAGUAUUUCGAGUGGUACAAGGAUCUGAAGCCAGAGGAUGAGAUUCAUGAGAUUGUGAAGUCAAAGGACGUGGGGGUGCUGUCAGAACUGUUUUUGAAGAGACUGCAAUUCGGCACAGCUGGUCUGCGAGGCCGGAUGGGCCCUGGCUACAGUCGGAUGAACGAUCUGGUGAUCAUUCAGACUGGCCAGGGACUACUUCAGUACUUGAUUAAUGGUGGGGAGGGCUUCAAGGAGAAGGGAAUUGUCAUUGGGUAUGAUGGGAGGCACAAUAGCUACAGAUUUGCUCAGUUGACAGCCACAAUAUUCAUCAACAGUGGCGUCAAAGUCUACAUGUACUCAAAAGUCUGUCCAACUCCAUUCGUCCCCUUCGCAGUGAUGAGGUACAAAUGCGCUGCUGGGAUCAUGAUAACAGCCUCCCACAACCCCAAAGAGGACAACGGGUACAAAGUCUACUGGGAGAACGGUGCCCAGAUCAUCCCCCCACACGACAAAGAGAUACAGAAGUCAAUUUUAGAUAAUCUCGAGCCCUCCCUCACCUCCUGGGACGUCUCUGUCCUCAAUGCAGCUGGCUCCCUCUGCAAGGAUCCCCUCGGGGAGGUCAUGGAGGACUACUUCAGAAUCAUCAAGGACAAUACUGUUUAUCCAGAGACCAAUAGAAGCACAAUCUUGAAAUUUACUUAUACUGCUAUGCAUGGGGUGGGAUUUGAGUACAUGAAGGAAGCAUUUCGCGUUGCUAAUUUCAAGCCAUUUGUAGUUGUCGAACAGCAGAGAGACCCAGACCCGGACUUUCCCACAGUGAAAUUUCCGAAUCCAGAGGAAGGGAAAAGUGCUCUUGACCUCAGCAUCAAGACAGCUGACGCCAGCAAAUCGUCAAUUAUCCUGGCUAACGAUCCUGAUGCUGACAGACUGGGCUGUGCAGUCAGGACUAAAGAAGGCGACUGGAGGAUUCUCAAUGGAAAUGAGAUCGGGGCCCUGCUGGCUUGGUGGAUGCUGCACGUACAUCGAGUCAUUCAUCCUGAUGCUGAUCCUGCUGAUGCCUAUAUGCUUGCUUCCACAGUCUCCAGUAAGAUUCUGGCCUCCAUGGCGAAAAGGGAGGGAUUCCAGUUUGAGGAAACAUUAACUGGAUUCAAAUGGAUGGGAAACAGAUGUGUCAAAUUGUUGGAAGAAAAGAAACACAUUCUUUUUGCUUAUGAAGAAGCCAUCGGUUUCAUGUGUGGGUCGAGUGUCCUCGAUAAGGAUGGAAUAAGUGCGGGGAUUAGGCUCGCCGAGAUGGCGGCGUACUUAGAGACUAUGGGCCUGACUCUUCUAGAUAAACUCGAGGACAUCUACAAAGUUUACGGCCACCACAUCAGCGACAACUCCUACUGGAUCUGUCACAACCAAGAGACAAUAAAGAAAAUUUUCGAGAGAUUGAGAAAUUUCGCUGGUCAGCCAAAUACAUACCCAACAAGCAUCGCCGGUGGAAAAUAUUCGAUAAUUGCCGUUCGCGAUUUGACGACUGGCUAUGAUAGCACAAAACCCGACAACAAGGCUGUAUUACCCUCUUCAAAGUCCAGUCAAAUGAUAACAUUUACCUUUGAUAACGGGCUCGUCAGUACCCUGAGAACCAGUGGAACAGAACCAAAAAUUAAAUACUAUACUGAACUGUGUGCUUCCCCCGAACAUCAGAACAUCGAUACCCUAAAGAACACUCUCGCCGAGAUGGUCUCAGCAAUAGUCGAAGAAUUCCUGAUGCCUAAAGCAAAUUCAUUGAUCCCACGUUCACCAUAAAUUCUUAUACACAUAUUCCCCUGAUUUUUUCAUACAAAAAUUAGUUCCUUAUCGAGGCAUUCAUAAUCAACGACGAGAGACAAUAUCCGUAAAGGAGUAAAACCUAAUAAAAAAGCUCAAUAUGUUACACUAAUUACAUUCAAAAGACAUCAGUUCUUCCUCA